AUGGCAGCACCUGGUAACAGUAGUAAUGGACCGACAACAUCCGUCGAUAGCAAUGGAAAUGAUUCAUUACAAAUAACAAGCGCCGUAAAAGAUAAGGACGCAAUCAAAUUGUUUGUCGGUCAACUGCCACGCGACUGUACGGAAGAAGAUCUCCAUUCAUUAUUUGAUCAAUUUGGUCCGAUCUACGAGUUAGCUGUUAUCAAAGAUCGAACUACCAAACAACAUAAAGGAUGUGCUUUUGUAACAUAUUGUAAGAAAUCUAGUGCCGAAGCUGCUCAGUCAGCUUUCCAUGAAAAGAAAGUUUUAUCAGGAAUGCCAAGGCCAAUGCAAGUUAAGCCAGCGGACUGUGAAAAUCGAGAAGAAAGAAAAUUGUUCGUUGGAAUGUUGGGUAAAUUAGAUGAUGAAAAUGAAUUAAAAUCUAUGUUUUCACCCUAUGGUAGCAUUGAAGAAGUAACUAUUUUGAGAGCUAUAGACGGCUCUAGUAAAGGAUGUGGUUUUGUAAAAUUUUCGACUAAGUCUGAAGCUCAAGUAGCUAUUCAGAAUUUACAUGGUAGCCGUAAUAUGCCUGGUGCAUCUCAUCAGUUGGUAGUUAAAUUUGCUGAUACAGAAAAAGAUAAAUAUAUCAGAAAGAUGCAAAAAAAUGCAUCGAAUAAUCAUAUCGUAAAUUUCGGUCGACAAUAUGCAUCAUAUGCUCCGCAGUAUAAUAAUUAUGGAUCCUAUGGGCAGUUUGCCCUUCAACCAGCUAUGCAGCAACAAAAUAACUCCAAUCAAAAUUAUGGUGUACAUGUAGGAUUAAUGGGUCAAUAUACAGCUAAUCACCGACUUAAUGCUGGAAGUCAUUCGCAUAAUUCAACCUCAAUGUCUCACCCCCAAACUUCAGUUACUUUUCCUGCAACAACGACUCAAAACAACUCUAAUGUUGUUACCGGAUCUGCUGGUGCUGUUGGAUAUGGCUUCCCUGGGUAUCAAAUUAACAUUAACGGAUUGGUGGAUCAAAUUCAAUCUCCCUACAGUGUCAAAUAUUUGAUAGCCCAAUAUGCACCUUUCAAUCACAAUGCUGCUUCGGUUUCGGCGAGUACAGUAUCCCCUAAGGAAGGACCUGCUGGCUGUAAUUUAUUUAUUUACCAUUUGCCACCAGAGUUCACAGAUUAUGACCUCCAUAAUAUUUUUGCACCUUAUGGUAAUGUGGUUAGUGCGAAGGUGUAUAUUAAUAAAAUAACGAAGCAAAGUAAAUGUUUUGGCUUUGUAAGCUAUGACAAUGCUUCGUCUGCCCAUCAUGCAAUUUCUACAUUAAACGGUAUGAUGGUCUAUGGAAAGAAAUUAAAAGUGGAAUACAAGAAGCCAAAAGAUGCAACCAAGUCUCAUAAAUAA